UCUGAAUCCCAACCAUCACUUCCUAAACCGCUAUUCCCCCCAGCUUCUCCCAUUCUCCCCAUCUCCUCUCCCCAUUCCCCUCACCUCGUACACAUAAGCUUAAUAUUGCAUACCAAACAUACACAAACAUGAAUAACGUGUCUUCUCCCCCAUUCCCCCAUUCCCCCUUCCCUGGCGCCGAGAAUGGUAAAGAUCCUUUUUAUUUAAGUACACAAGGGCUGGGUAUACGAUGAGAAAAAAUGGUAAUAAGUGGAUGAUGUUCGCUGACUUUCACCUCCACGGGACCAAGAGACCUUUACGUGUUCUCCUUCUCCCCCUUCUCCUUUUCCUCACCCUCCAUUUCCUUUCUGUUUCGUUUUUAUUCCUAUUUUUUCUUAUGUCGGUCAUGCGCACUUGUGUCAGCGUGGCAUGGGGGUGGUGCACGCAGCGGCUGUAUUCUGAGGCACCUCUCCGCCGCACUUCCGCUGCUUGCAAGAGGCCCUGGUCUAGUAGCUGAAGUGAUGCGGGUUUCUAAGGGUGUUUUUAUGGUUGUAGUGACAGAUGAACAAGAUUUAUAAAUUGCUGACAGGAAAAAUAGUCUUGACAACUCGGCUGACCGUUUAUGUGGCCUUGCAAAAGUCUUGGUGAGUUUCUGAAUGUUUCUGAAUGCUAGAGAGAGAGAGAGAGAGAGAGAGAGAGAGAGAGUGUGUGUACGAGGACAAGACACAAGUGGACAUAGAAAGAAAUGACCGGAAGGAGCAGGACUCAGCCUCACACGGCACCACUGUCCUCUCGUUAGGAUUCCACGGGACGCGAUUGGUGAAACUGAGAAUGGUUGUGCAUUACGCUGUGCUGUUCCGGUGCUCGUGUUGCAGGAAGGGAGAAGGGGCAUUACAACCAGCACAAAAGGGGAAUGACUAAAAACAAACAAGAUGACAACUGUUAACUACGUGACUAAAAACAAACAAGAGGAUGAUUACUGUUAAUUACGAAAGAAGACUGAAGCUUUUAUAUAUUUACAUUCCUUAGAGAUGUACGUGGAUUAAUUAACAAGGGAUUUGAUAGAGGUCUUUAGUGGUACAGAUGUAACAAGGGUAACAUGCGCAAAAUUCUCGGGUUCAGUAAUCAGGACAGGACAAGAAAUGAUGAGAAAGUUUGAUGAAGUUAGAAUUCAAAAAGAGAUAAGAAGGUGCUGGUUCUCAAAUAGACUGGUGGUUGAAUGGAAAAGACUCAGUAAUCAGGUUGUUAGUGAUGAGUCAUUAGGGAGCUGUAAAAGGUGAGACGUCAGUAUGGAUGGGGAUGACAGGUGGAAACAGGUAGGAAUGGUUCAUACAGGGACUACCACUUGAGACCCCGAUGGCUUCUUGCAACUUCCCUUAUUUUCUUACGCUGUUACUGUCCUAAAAGCAGAAGGAUCAAGGGACCAAACUCCGUCAUCUCCUCCAACACUAAAGGACCAAUUUAAACUUAGUCUGCAUAUCAACACAGGACUUUAUGAAGCCUUGAAUGAUAUUUGUAUGAUGGAAGUUAAUAAUUUUUACCACACAUGCUUUACCAAUCAGUCCAUCAGUCCCUACGCCUUUCGAGGGCCAAGGUCUGCUAUGAAGAGCUGCUGGAUGCGAGGAAGUCACCAAUACCUUCCUACUGUCACCAAAUAGGAAAUGUUUGCUUGUGUUACGUCGGAAGCGGUGAAUGCCAGUCCCAACCUUAGAGUUUCCCAGGGCAGUGUGCUUCAGACAGUUAAAGGGAGAGGCUGUGGGUUGACCAGCCUGAGUAGAUGGAUUUCCACGGAUUAUAUACACCACACAGAGAGGUCACCAUGAAUGCCAAUGAUCUUCCCCCGAGUUAUGAAGAUGCCAUCAAGUCCCCGCCUACUCCCCACGCAGGCCUCGCCCCCCACUACACGCCCCUCCCGCCCUCCACGCCCCGCACGCCCUCGGCACCUCCUGUUUCACAUCAGUCACGCCUAUCGGCCUACCACCAUCCCCUGCACAGAGUGCAUGCAGGCAGACCCGGGGGACUGGUGCGGCACACUGGGGGCUGCCACUGUGGUCUGGUGCGCUUCCAAGUGAUGGCCCCGCCGGUACUCAAAGUGGUAGAUUGCAACUGCAGUAUCUGUGUCAAGAAGCAGAACAAACACUUCAUUGUGCCGCUUAAUCAGUUCAAGCUGGUGAGUGGCCACGAUGCGCUCACCACCUACACCUUCAACACCCACAGCGCCAAACACUCCUUCUGCUCCACCUGCGGCGUCCAGCCCUUCCACAUCCCCAGUGAUAACCCUAAUGCAUUCGGUAUCACCCCACACAGUCUGGACGAGGGGACGGUCAAGAAGAUACAGUUCACCAAGCAGAACGCCAAGAAGAGUGAAAAAGUCCAGGGAAGGAGAAGAAGUAAGCGUUAGACAUGGCGGCUGCUACUACUACUACUACUACUACUACUACUACUACUACUACUACUACUACUACUACUACUACUACUACUACUACUACUGUUGCUGCUGUUGCUACUACUACUGAAUGAGUGAAUGAGUGAGUGAGUGAGUCAGUGAGUGAGUGAGUGAGAAGAAGAAGAAGAAGAAGAAGAAGAAGAAGAAGAAGAAGAAGAAGAAGAAGAAGAAGAAGAAAGUUCUCUCUAUUUUUUUUAUUCUUCCAUAUUUUCAUUUAGCGUUUAUGAAAUAGUUACCAGAUAAAAAAAAAUAAACAAAUAAACAAACAAGUAAAAUAAAUAAAAUAAUGAUACAAAAAAAUCUUCUAUUUAUCGAGUGAUUUCAAUGUAUUUAUCUUUCAGCCUAUCUAUCUAUCUAUCUAUCUAUCUAUCUAUUCAUCUAUAUAUCUAUUAAUCAAUAUAUCUAUCAUGUAUUUAUCUAUUAGUGUAUCUGUCUAUCUAUCUGUCUGUCUAUUUUCAUUAUUAUUAUUUGUUUUACUUUUCUUUGGUGUUUAAUUAAUCAAGUUUCAGACAAUAUUCACUUAUCUUUAUUUUUUUCUUUUUUUCCUUCCUUUCUUUGUCUUCCCUUAUUUCCUUUCUUCCCUUUCUUCCUUUUUUCUUACUUAUUCAUCCACUGAUUCUUUUUUCCUUUUUUUUUUUAGUGGGGGCUUAGUCAUUCAAGUUACACCAUAUUCAUCUAUAUUUAUUUUCUCUCUUCCUCUCCUCCUUUCUUUCUCCCUUCCUUUCCUUCUUUCUUUAACUCAUUCAUUCAUUCAUUUAUUUAUUUCUCUUUUUAAUCGAUUCUUCCUCUCACUAUAUAAUUCAUUCAUUUAUUCUUUCUUUCCCUUUUUUCGUCUCUUUCUUUCACCAAUUCAUACUUUCUUUCUUCUCUUCCUUCUUCCAAUCAAAAUUUACUAAUAAGUUGCAUUUUAUUAUUUUUGUCUACUUAUAUAAUUUACUUCUUUUUCAUUCAUUUAUUUUUUUAUAUUAUUGAGUCAUAAAAUCAAUACAUCUAUCUAUCUAUCUAUCUAUCUAUCUAUCUAUCUAAUUAUCUGUCAACACACCUGUUUAUACAUGUGUACCUGUCUACCUGUCUAAUUAGUGGAGACAGGUAGACACGGAUCAAAGGAGUGAGUUUGUAAAGAGAAAAGAGAAAAAAAAAGAAAUAAAAAGAAAAAUAUGAAAA